UCACUUUCUUAUUUGUCUAUGUUGGCGAAUGAAUAACUAAAAGCGUUUGUUUCUCUAGUUUUGAGCGGAUUUUAUUAUUAUUCUACGGCAAUGUGUUAUCUUAUAAAUCUUUUUAAAACGAUUUCUAGUAAUGCUAUCCACCACUGCAAAUAGUAAAGUGAAAAAUUCUAAAUCAUCGGAGAAUAUUGACGGUCCAGACAGAGACGAAAUCGGACAUGAAAACACAACGGAUGAUAAGGUCAGAGGUUAUGUUGGUUCAUACGAUGUUCCUUCCACGUUCGGAGGUCAAAGAGAUUCGCGGUAUCGUUCCCGAGGCCGCGUCACUGAGUUCCGACACUCCAGGGGCAGCGGAAGAGGUGGAAACCGAGGUCGCGGCGGUUUCCCGCCACGGAGUGAUCGCGAUGAAAACUCCUAUAAAUAUCACGAACCGCUAGCAGGAUCGAACAACGACAGCUGGUGGCAGGGUAAUAACAACAAAUUUUAUGACAGAUCUGAUAUGGUAGUCAAUCUACCUGAGGAUCCACGGAUUUCGAAGCUCUUGCGCCGUCUUUGCGCCGAGGUUGACGUUGAGAAGUCUCUUGCACUUUGCAGUAAGUUGCAAGAAGCUGUCAUGUUGGCUGAGAAUGUACGAUACAUCAGAAGAUCAUACGACAUAUUAGUGGAGUCUUUGUUGGACGUUCUGUACGAUGCUCCCAGUCCAGAAACUAAGGAGAGUGCAACUGCUGUACUGGGAAGAAUUGGAUAUGUAAUGGGUCCAGAUUUUAAGAAACAUUUAGAUUGGGUGGUUGCAGCAUACGCAGUUCACAGUACUCCAAUUAGGCACCUGCUAGUGUUAUCAUUUGUAGAAACCUUCCAGAUCGAUUACCAUGCUCCAUGCCUAGCUGAUUAUGCUGAACUUACCUUGGACAAGCUUCAAGUAAUUAUUGAGGGCACAGAGUCAACUGACGUGUUCAUGGCAGCUAUAAAUGCCAUCAUAGAGGUGUCCAACUCUUAUCCUGACUACUUUGCAAAUCAUUUUGUUGACACAGUUGAUAUAUUAGUAGGCUGGCAUGUUGACAACACACAGUCUAAAAAGAUAAAGGAAUUUGCACUUCAGUCUCUUUAUAAACUGAGUCGUCACUGGCAGGCAGAUGUGUCAUUUUCAGUAAAUCUGUUGAAUCAGUUUGUAGAGGAUAUGGUGGCUUAUAGUAACGACUUGGACUCAAAUGAAUGUGAUAAAGAUGCAGAUGUCCACUCUCAUGAAGAUUGUAUACAGAAGGUUGCUUCAUUUUUGAAUGUAUUUAACACCGUUGUUAAAAGUCUAGGGAACCUCUUGAGUCCUACCGUGUCCCAGUCAGUGUCUUGGACAUUUUUGACAGAUUCUUUGACAAAAAUUUUGCAAGUAUUGAAUGAAAUUAUGAAGGAGGAGGUGGAAGCAGAACUCGUAAUGGCAGGUAAUGAAUGUGUCAUAUUACUCCUGAAACACUUGCAAUUAAAGUCUUCACCUUGCUUGACAUCAUUAUUUGACUUAAUAUCUUUGGAAAUGGAUAAUUAUCUGGGAACAGAAGAGAAUAUUUGUCUCAGUGUCAUAAAAUUAAUUUCAACGACUAUAAAGGAGAUUGCGUCUAAUUUGCCUAUUGAAUUCAUAACACAAACAAUAGGUCCAAAAUCUGAUUUGCGUUUGUUACGUUUUACCGAUAAAUUGGAUGUUCUGGAUGGUUUGACAUCAAUUUAUAGUAACUUGCUCAAUUUAAAAAAUAUCCCACUAUUACAAGAAGCAUACAAAUAUGUCCUUAUUGAUAUUCAAAUAUCUUUUUCCAUCAUUUUGCCUGAAGUACACAUAAUACCAAUAGAAUACUCAGAAGAUUUGAGUAAGGAUGACGCUGAAAAGAAUAUUAUCUUCUAUUUGCAAUGUUUGACAGAACUGGCAAAUGCAAGUAAUUCAAUUAUUGGCAUGUGGGCCUUGCAACCUAGCAUUUUAGAAUUACUCGCUAUAAAGAUGGUACCUCAUGACGAAGUUCUGAUGAAAGAGAGACCCGCUUUACAAUAUGCAAUACUCUACCUACUGUACUCACAUUGUAAAAAGAAUAACCAUUUUAUAGCAUCAAGUGACUUAGUGACCAACUCACAACCAAGGGCCAAUGACUUGUUUGGUUUAUCAAAUUUGAAUAUUGGAGAAGUGUCCAGUUCCAGCCCCACUUCAGGCCAUCUUGCUGUAAUUAUGAACACCCUCAAUUUUGUUUUGGAUGAGCAAGUUUCCGAUGAAACCUUGUGUCUUGUACUCACAUGGAUAGCGGAUAUUUUUUUCCAAUUAGAUAAAUAUCUGCCAAUAGUUGGAAUGUCCAAAUGUUUUCAUGUUUUGAUAACAAACAUGCUUGCACUGGCCCAAAGCUUCAACAGUGAUAUUGUUUUACUUGUUAUAAAGAAUUUCCAUUUUUUACUUAAGAACAAAAGCAUGGUAUGGAAUCUGGUUUUACUCAAAAGCAUAGCUCUUGUAUGUACAUUGCAUAUAGAUAAUACCAAUAAAGGCCUGAGCAAAAUAUGUAAAGAACUUUUAUUUGAGCUUCCAUGGGAUAUAGUGCAACAGGAAUUUGAUAAGCAAACUGUGAAGGUCUUCUUGAGCCGUAAACUGAAUACCAAUUUGACUAUAAACUGUGAUGCAAAAAUUAAUACAUUUAAAGAAUACCUCAUGAGAGGAUCAUUUUCAACUCUGUCGGGUCAUCAUUUUAGACAGAUUAUGGAUACUAUUUUGGACACCAAUAUUGAGUCCAAAGACUUCUUACAAGACAUAUACAUAUGUUAUUGGCCACUUCAGAGUGAUGAUAGUGAUGAAACAAGUUUACUAUUUUUCAGACAAUUUGUGAGUAAUUUUACAUCCAUCUGUGUAAGUUGGGCUCUGUCAGAGGUUGCCCAGACGUGCAUAUCUUUAAAGCUAAGAACAGUAUUGGGCAAACCACAGGAGACAUUUACUAAAAUUGAGGGUGCUUUAAAGGGAAUUGCAAGAGAAAUUUCCUCGAAUGAAACGAAAUAUGUCGCAGUUGAUUGUUCGAAACUUAUUGAACUAGUUCUGUCGGAGCAGACGAGAGCAAGGUGGUUAAUAGAAUUUAUGAUGUUUCUUGAAAAAUAUACUUACAAUGCUGCAGAAGGAACAGCUACAGUUCUACCUGCCGUCGCGAAGCCGGUGAAAACAUUUUUUCACACGAACUGGGCAACAUGUCGGGAAUGGCAAAACAGAGUACGCCCGGCAGCACUCGCCGUCAGUGUGUACGGGGGCCAUUAUGGAGCUUCUAUUUAUCAUGCUUCGCUUAUUCUACAAAAUGCCGCAAAAUCGGGCGCUAAUAUCGAUAUAGAGGCAAUCGUAAUGAACGUCGCUCGGACUCUAAUCAAGAUCCAAGAACCAGAAGUAAUACGAGGGCUUUAUGUUUGGGUUAAACAAACUUUUAAACAAAAAUUAUUGUGGCUGAAAGGUGCAGCAGAACAGGCUAACUCUAGAUACGAAUCAGCUGCGAACUUUUACACCUUACUCUGUGCCUCUAAAGCAGAGGAAACUAAGGGUGAAGCUGAAAAUUCUCAAUCAGAUACAAAAAUAUAUAAGUUUGUUGAUGAGCAAAUAUACGAAAGUUACAAAAAUAUACAAAGUUGGGAGGAUAUGGAAGAGUGGAAAGAGAUAACAAACUCCAGGAGUAGUUCCCAAUGGGACUCUUUCAUAGAAUUAAAAUCAUUUGAAGAUACUCGUGUUAUUCCUGAACUCUCGAAUUGGAAUGUUUUGAACGAGGAAACCAAUGAACUGUCAAAAAAUUCAUGUACACUUCAAGGUCUGCUUGAUAAUGUAGAAAAAACCUUAGUAAACACGGCAAUAAAUUUGUCUUACAAUAAUGAUUGUGAAAAAUACAACUCUUUACUUAAGAACUGUGAAGAACUGUUAAAUACCAGCGCUGAAGAAUUUAUGCGAACCAACGCCACACAUUUCCUUAAAGAUGUAGCAGUAAUGCAAUUAGCAAAUCAUGGUUUGAUGAAUAUUCUUAAGGACGGGAAAACAAUUACCAACCCUUUUAAACCUUCAGCUCUCAAAGAAAAUGUUUAUGGCACAGAAAUGAAAAAUCUAGCUCGCGUCCUAUGGUGGCAUCAAUAUUUUACAAAACUAAACAUGUCUGAAGAAAAUAUUUACUAUAAUGAGUGUCUUAGACUUGACGUCAUUAGAAGUGCGAGGAAACAUACAAAUUUAGGAAUGGCGAAGAGGGAACUAUUAAAACAUUUUAAAAACAAUUCAGCAUUCCAAGCUUGUUUAAAUAUUGAAAAACUGGAAGACUUGAGAGAAGUUCUUACUAUGUCUAACAAUACUUAUGACUUAGAUAUAUGGACCUUAAAUAAUGCAAGUGCGCUGACAGAACUUUGUAAGGUGACAUAUGUCAAUGAAGAAUCAAAGGUAGAAGCUAUUAAUUUAUGUGCGAGCAUUUCUCUUGGAUUUUCACAAAGAUUAGCUAUGGGAGAACAAAGUUAUGAACUUAGGGAAAAAGGGACAAGGAUGUUAUUAACUUUAUCUAAAUGGGUACAAAAUGAAAAUGAACAUAUAUUGGAAAAUGACACGCCUCUCACGAAACUGGUCCAAGCACUACCAGAAAUUGGACUUGUUGAUAAUAACAUAUCUGAAAAUGUUAUUCCUCUUACCGAUUCUGCAGUUGGGAAAUUGUUACAAUUUGGCGUGAAUCAAUGUCCGGGUCUGGCCAAAGCGUGGGCAAGUUUUGCUGCUUGGUGUUUUAGAUGGGGUCGCAAGAUGGUAGAAUUUAGUUCUAAAACUCGAGAACAGCUUACUGAUAACGAUAAACUACAAAUACAAAGUGUUAUGAUGGGAUGCUCCCAGCAAGACUUUGAAGCAGUAUGUGAGAUUUUGUCAAAAACUAAAGCCACUUGUGAUGAAGAAGAUAUCGAUUGGAAUGAGAUAAACACAUCUGAAAUGAUAGAAAAUCAAUUGCGCACUGUCCCCUCCUUAAACAACGCAUUUCCAGAACACCUCGCGUUGCUAGUAGAUAUCUGGCGUCAAGCUCAAAAGCGGGUGUUUUCCUAUUUCGAAUUGUCAGCAGACGCGUACUUCAAGUUUUUGCAAUUAAUAUGUGCCUCCGACUAUAUCAACCAUAGUGGAGAAAAUGCUGUUGUCAACGCAACACUCAGACUUCUUCGACUGAUUGUCAAACACGCUAUGGAGCUACAAACAGUUCUAGAAUCUGGCUUAGCAAACACACCUACUCAGCCAUGGAAAGUUAUCAUUCCGCAACUGUUUUCUAGACUCAAUCAUCCAGAAACAUAUGUCAGGAAGUGUGUGUCAGAUUUAUUGUGCCGGUUAGCAGAAGACACUCCACAUCUUAUCACGUUCCCGGCAGUAGUUGGGGCAGUUGAAAAUGAACAGAACAGUUUAACGGAGCUACAUGUGCCAAAGUCAUUUUUAUCCAACGAAGACGCUGACAGUGAUGAUGACAACUUAGACUUGGAGGAUUCUUCUAGUGACAAAGUUAAUAAUGACUUAAAUUCCUGUUUCUUGGACAUGGUAGAAACAUUAGCAAAGCAAGCACCACAAACUAUUUUGGAAGUUAAGUUGCUGGUAAAGGAAUUGCAAAGAAUCAAUCUUCUCUGGGAUGAACUUUGUCUUGGCACUCUAGUACAACAUCAUUCAGAAUUUACUAAACGCCUGAGUCAACUAGAAACUGAAAUCGCCAAAGUAAAGAAUAAUGCAAAUUUGUCUGCAGAAGAAAAAGAGAAAUUGAUUAAGGAAAAACACCGAAUUAUAUUCGAACCCAUCGUGUUUGUUUUGGAACAACUCAAUCAUAUAACAUCUGCUAAACCUGAAACUCCUCAUGAAGUCGCUUUCCAAACUAAAUUUCAGGCUAUGAUAAUCGACGUUAUUGAUAAAUUAAAGAAUCCGGAAAAUCCUGAGAAACCACAAGAAUCAUGGGCGUCCUUAAAACAACUUCAAAUUAAAUUACAACAAAAAGUAAACAAAAGAACGUCUUACAUUCUGAAAAUGUCGGACAUAAGUCCGGUUUUAGCUGAAAUGAAGAAUACUGUUAUCACAAUGCCCGGCCUGCAUACGAAUCAACGUACGGUGAGGAUUACAAUCAAAUCAAUUGAGAAUAAUGUCUCUAUUUUGCCAACCAAGACGAGACCGAAAAAAUUGGUGUUUUAUGGUUCGAACGGGAAACCCUACACUUAUUUGUUUAAGGGGUUGGAAGAUUUGCAUUUGGAUGAAAGGAUAAUGCAAUUAUUAUCGAUCACGAACACUAUGCUAGCUCGGGAUUCCGAAAAUAACGACAAUCAGACUUACAGAGCACGACACUACUCCGUCAUUCCUCUUGGACCUCGAUCGGGAUUAAUAAGUUGGGUGGACAACGUGACCCCCCUUUUUGCUUUAUAUAAGCGCUGGCAAAACCGCGAGGCAGCCAUUCAGUCUACGAAAACGAGCAAAACUGUCAACGUGUUACGUCCCUCUGAACUAUUCUACAACAAGCUCAAUCCGCUGUUAAAGGAAGCGGGAAUAUCUACCGAGAAUAGAAAGGAGUGGCCCGUUCCUAUACUGAAGCAGGUGUUACAAGAACUCUCGGCCGAGACACCUCAGGACCUGCUGUGGAGGGAACUGUGGUGUAGUAGUCUGAACCCGGAGCAGUGGUGGCAAAUGACGCGGCGGUACAGUUACUCAGUCGCCGUCAUGAGUAUGAUAGGGUACAUCAUCGGGCUAGGCGAUAGGCAUUUGGAUAACGUGCUCGUGGACUUGACUUCGGGUGAGGUGGUGCAUAUAGACUAUAAUGUGUGUUUCGAGAAAGGGAAGACGCUGCGUGUCCCGGAAAAGGUGCCCUUCAGGAUGACGCCCAACAUUGUGACGGCGCUCGGAGUGACGGGAAUUGAGGGUAUAUUCCGCCUGGCGUGUGAGCACGUAGUCCGCACCAUGCGUCGCGGCCGGGAGACCCUCCUCACACUGCUGGAGGCGUUCGUGUACGACCCUCUGGUGGAGUGGGGUGGUGGGCGUCGUAAGCGCGGAGCCCGCCACGUGCGAGCAGCCAAGGCCAUGCUUGCGGUUCGCGUGAGGGAACUGAAACACUCCGCCACCGAUAUCACAAAUCAGCUGUUGGCCGCACUACCUGAAGUAAAGCACUGUGCGGAUAAGUGGUUAGAAGAAAACGAACAGUUACAUACUGUGGAGGAAAAACUUGACAUGUGUCAUAAACAGAUGGCCCUCAUCAAAGAGGUCGAGGCGUGCGGCAGCAACCUCAGCGACCAUCCUCUGUACGCCAUCUCACAGAAAUAUACGUCACAUAAACAGGCCAAAAACGCGGUCGAGGACUCGAUGAAAGCUCUCGUAAAAAUCCUCAACGACUUCGAUACUCAGAUAGAAAGUUUUGCAAACACUAAUGACAUAUUGAACGGGCCGCAGUUGAUGACCUGGGUGCAAGAGUUCUCGGGGCCUCAUUACGACGACGAGAAACCCAUAUUCGAACCCAUAAAAGAGUUUUUAACCAACGCCGGAAAAGGUUCCAUGAUAUCACAAUUCGAACAGGCGGAAGUAGAGUUGAACCAGACCAUGCAGCAGACAAACCUACUGGUGAGGUCCUGCCUCGAGCUGUUGACACAGUACGUGGCCGUCUCUCAGUACUAUCCACAGAGUCGGACGGAAUACCACCGCUUAGUGAUGUUCCGCAAGUACCUGGCGACAGCUUUAGAAAGUAAAUCCCCGGAGGUCUGUCGGGAGGUGGCCGGCCAAGUCACGGCUCUGGUGGAGUCGGACAACGUCACCGGUGACUCGCAGCAAAUUAUCGCUUACAACUAUCGUUUACACCAAGUCAACGCGGAGGCGAACGCGUACCUCAACAAAUGCCACGAAAGAUUGCAACUAGAGGGCGGGCCCGACGCCAUCGCUCUGGCACAGGACAGCUACAUGGAAGCGAAAAAUAAUAUAAACAACUGGCUGCGAACGGAAGAGGGCGCCGGAGCGGCUCUGGAGAACGCCGCUAUCGGGAUGCUGUGUAAUUUGAACAGGAGAUAUCUAAUGUUGGAGAACGGCGCACAGAGCGCAGGAGACUGCCUACUCGACCUAACGUCCAGGGACGGGGAAUGGUUCCUGGACGACAUGAACUCGCUGUCGAUGCAGGCCAUCGAGUUGCUGACUCUGCUGCCCUUGCCUUCGACCACGGCGGACGACGCCGCCCUGUCAGUGGCCGUGGAAUGUGUCAAGAAUGCUAAUCUUCUAAUAGCUGACUUGGUUCAACUGAACUACAACUUUAGUACAAUCAUUUUACCAGAGGCCGUUAAGAAAGUUCACUCCGAGGAUCCCUCGACCUUGCACAUGAUAAAUGAACUGAACGCGCUCAUCACCAACACGCCCGUGACCCUCAACGACCUGCUCACACAACUCGAAAUGCACUUCCGCUAUCUGGUGAUGGACAUGGAGUCCCCAGCUGCCGGUGCACAAAUACUAGCGGCCGAGCUCCGUAGUCGCUACGAGGAGCUCUUGUCUCCGUCGGAGGGCGAGGCCCCGGGACAAACCCCAGGCCGCAUGUUGCUGAUGGGGUUCAGCGGACUGUUCGCGGCCGUGGAGCUCCGAGCGAGGGAGCUGGCCGACCACCUCGCCGCCCCGCUGCAGCCCGCCUGGAGGAAGAUCGACCAGAUCAAUGACGCCAUGCACAUGUCGGCUGCCAUGCAGAGUCCCGCGCUGCGCUCCGUGCUGGAGGAUAUCUUCACGGUGCGGCGCGUGCAGACCGUGGCGGAGGUGUUCUCUCUGUGCCUGCAGCUCGCCCGCGCCUUCCGCGGCUCUCCCCCGCCCGCCGCGCCUCCUCCGCCCCCCGCCGCCUCACAGCCCCUCCUGGACGACGCCGCGCUGUGUAAACCAGUCAGACGUUUUACGGCGGAGUACGUGUCCCGCUGUUUCCUGGGCGUCCACUCCCUGUCUCUGGGCCGCGCGCUGUGCCUCCUGCUGCGGCGGGCGCGGCUCGAUCUGCGCGCCGAGGUCGAGCAGAAGGAGAUCGGCGCCUCCUGGAGCGUGUCCCUGGAGUCUCUGGUGGAGAAGGCCUGCGGGUCCGUGUCGGGUCGCGCGGGGUCCCUCGCCGGAGCCUUGCAGGCGUCCCGGGCCCGCACGCUCCGCGCCGCCGCCGCCGUGCGCGCCCUGGACCGUGCCCGCGCCUCGGCUCGCGCCGCCCGUCUGCGCGCCGCCGCCCACGCCAGUCUACACGCUGAAAUCGUGUCCGGAGCCCCCGAACCAGGCCCGGCGUUGUUCCGCGCGGCCCGGGACCUCACCGCCGCCCGGGGACGACUAACUGACGCCUUGGAGAAGGCACAGGCUCUCCUCACACCCGCACAUCAGAGAGUAAAGUGGGGCGCGGGGGCGAACCCCGACCUGCUGGGGGCGGUGGUGGCGCUAGAGUCGGGCUGGGCGGCGCGGGCCGGGAGGGCGCAUGCUCUGUGUCGCGCAGGGGCCGUGCUGGCGCCACACGCGCGCUCCGCCUCCGCCCUGGCCGCGGCCAGGCCCGCGAGACACGCCAGGGCCCUGCGACACGCCCGCACGCUCAGGACCGCGCUCGCGCACUGGGAGAAGGCGUGUACGCUCGCUCAGAAGUACUCGCUGCACGUGUCGCCCGUCGAGGAGUCGCUCAUGGAGAUGCUGCACCCCGAAGGAAACAUCGACACACACUGGGUGGGAGACGUGUCGGCGCUGGUCCAGGACACGCUAGGAUCCCGGGCGUCGGCCGCCAGCUCGGCGCGCGCCCGCCUGAGCGUCGCCAGCGACGCCCUCAGCGCCGCCGCCGCCCGCCUCAGGGACGCAGCCGCCGCCCGGGAACAUCUGCUGCACGACCUGGCCGGGCCGCUGCACGCGCUCGCCCCCUACAACGAGGGUGACAAUCCGUCCCAGGAGUUCCUGUCUCUGUGGCGCGCGGUGUCCGAGCGCCUGGCGGCAGUCUGCGGCCUCCUAGACCUUGACCUGGACCUGGAGCGCGUCGCUCGGACAGCUGCAGAAACACACGCACUGCUCACAGACCUGCCGCUGCUGUUGGAUAUGAUGCUCCAAUUGCCCGGAAACACGGACACGAGCCGGCGACUCACGCGGCAGGCGGCCGUCGGCAGACCGCCCGCCAGGCACGGUCACGAGCAGCGGAGUGCGACCGGCGCCGGCGUGUGGCGGCGCGUCAGACUCAAACUGGAGAAACGAAUGACGCCGCAGGAACAGGUGGAGUACAUUAUAUCGGAAGCGACCAGCGCGGACAACCUCUGCCUCAUGUACGAGGGCUGGAUGGCGUGGGUGUGAGUCCCGGGCGGUGCUCCGCCCUCGCCCCGCGCCGCCCCCGCCGUGUGCGGACGGGCGCUCCCGUGCCGCUCGGCCCGCGGGCGCCCUCCCGCGAGCCCCACGAGCCGGACCGAAGCCCCCGGGCUCGGCCCCGACGACGACGUCAGCUACGGAAGACACCCCGCACGGGGAACUCUCCGUAUCACGAUUCGAUGUUAGAUUUAAAGUAUCGCGACUCCGACGACGACUCGCGCGUUCUCCAGGAGCCGCCGAGGCCCAGGCUCCCUCCACCAGCACAGGGACACGCUCCCGGCCGAGCGACGUCGACUCACGGAUCGUCUUCAUUGAAAUAUUCAUAUAUAUGUAUCUCAGCUACCGAGUAUGUUGUAAGGUUACCGUGUUUGGACCCCAGCUUGUUUUCUCCACGCGACCAUCGCUCUCCCCCGCUCCCUCGGGCUGCCGGUCAUCCAUUCAUCGCCUACGAAUAUAUUUUACUAAAGGAAACUUUCUCUGCACGAUACAAUACUAAAGAAGGCUCGAGUUAAAUAAUACUAGCUGAAUAAACAAGAGAAAGAAGUCAGAAGUGUAACAUGACGCGCCUCCAGCGAUCCUGACCUGUCACCGCGGACUCCCGGGCCUCGCCCUGGCCGGCCGCGGACAGGGGAUCAUGCGAUAAUAGUCGUCCUUAACUUUCAAACUCAACUUCAGCUCCCUGAAGGAUUAUUUCUUCGGUUCGAAAACUCGUACCAAAUAUCACAAGCAUACGUUGUAUGUAUUCUCAGCGUACAUUUUUGGCCUUAUAAAAUUUAGCAAUCCGUGUAGCGAUCACACCGGAGACAUGUUCGGUAAAGUCUAGGGAAAAUACGAAUGAGUAAGGAAACAAGCUAUUUUAAAUAUAUAUGCAUUUACUGUACGAGUGUGUGUGUGACUGGACUCGCGUUACACGAGCGGUCGAGGCGGAGGGGGCAUUCCACGAAACGAACACUCGCCGUGAGUCGCGAGUUACUUUCUCUUUAAUAGAAUUAUAUCAGCGGGCCGGCCAGCCGACUGUCUGGCCGCCUCCUGUCGGUUCGCGGCCCGGAGUUGAACCUUCCUUAUUCCUCGUCGUCAUCGUCUACCUUCUGGAAUGCUCCGUCGCGUUGUGUGUGUGUGUGUGCGCGCGCGUGUGUGUGUGUCGCUUCAUAUUAAUAUAAUAAAUGGUGUCAGUAAA